AUGCGCGUGCACGCAGUCACCACAUUGCUUUCCUUCUCUCUUGCUGUCCUCGCAGCACCCGUCUCAGACGCUAAGACAUCACUUCAUGAUAUCUCUUCUGCUAGUGCAAACCAUCGACAAGAUGCGAUCCCUCCAACUCUCAUCGAGCCCUUGAAAGCACGCAGCCAGGCCGAAGAGGUGCCUAUUGAAGCUCGUGGCAGAGUCAAUACCAGUACCGGACGAGGAAAACGAGAGGCCGAAGCCGAGGCUGAGGUUGAAGCCCUUGAAGCACGCCUCAGGGUCGGGAGUAAAGCAGGUGGCGUUCCACGGGAUGCAGAUGCGGAGACCGUCAAGCGGGCUAUCGGGUUUCCAAAAGGUGGCUCGUCCAGAAGACGUCGGGAUGCACAGGGGCUCAAGUUCAACAGCCCUGGUGGUCAUCGACGACAUGCGGAUGCAGAGGCUAUCGACCGAUCUAUCGGACUUCCAGAAGGUAACCUGGACACCGAUGGAGUCACUAUUUCCAACGAGGCCCUGGCCGACCGUAGUCGCCUGGUCACAUGGCCCCGCACACGCGAUGCUGAGGCAUCGAACGAUGUGGUUGCGCGUGGAAAGGGAGUGCCAUGGACCCCCAAGCGCGAUGCUGAGGCAAUCAAGAUCAACAGCCCUGGCGGCCAUCGACGAGAAGCCGAGCCCAUUAAACAAGCUCUCGGACUCCCAGCAGGUGGUUCGGACACCGACGGCCUCGCUACAUCGAACGCGGCCCUGGCCGAGCGAGGCCACAACGUCUCAUGGGGAGGCAAGCGCGCCACCGACCCGGCAGACGACUUGGCUGAGCGAGAUCGUGGCUCGCGCUUGGGUGGACGCAAGCGUGGUCUUAUAAGACACCCUGGAGGUUCUCCUAAGAGAGACCUUACCCCGGGUCGCGGCGACAGCUACCGACGUGAGGCUGAGCCCAUCAGACAUGCACCAGGAGGCGGCUGCCCUCGGGAUGCCGCACCCGUCAAAAUUCCACUAGGUGGCUGCCGUCGGGAUGCUGCUGCCCAGCCUAACAGAAUCGGCGGGGGUAUAAGUGGCGGUCGACGAAAUACCAUUCCAAGAGGCAUUCGCGGUAAUGGUGCUAACCCACGAGGUGUCCGUCCGGGAAAUGGUAAUAAUCCAAGAGGCUUUGUUCGUCCGGGCAGUGGUACUCGCCCAAGGGAUGUCAUUGCAGAGACGGUCGAGGCUCGUACGAGGCUCAGAGGCAACAGCCAUCGUGUUUGA